CUGGAUUGGUGACUUGAUGAACUGUAGUUUAAAAUGGUUUUCGUGGAUUUCAAUACUUGUUUUACCGAUCCAAAGCAGUUUAUUAGACUGAUAAUUCUAAUGAUAUGUGUUUGUGUUACUAUUUAUGAGUUAGAAAUUUGUAUUGGAAAACUGGUUCAUCCACCAGUUACAACUUUGAAUAUGGUAAAACUUAAUGAUACAAUGCAAUAUCCAGCGAUUACUAUUUGCAAAAAACCUGCUUACAAAACAGAAGUUUUUCUUAAAUAUGGUAUGAGAAGAAGGACAGAACUGAGCAAUAAAGGAGCAUUUUCAAAAUUCAAAUUCGAUGAAUUUUCACUAGAUGAAUUUAUGGAGGAGUCAACCUAUGAUUUGAAUGAAACUCAGCAGUUCUUCGGUUACAAUUCAAUUGUUGGAUUUAAAAGCAUGAACGUUUCUUCUAACUUGUAUCUGAAACUGGGAAAAUGCCAUACUUUCAUCACAACUAAUUUAUCCUCUGAUUUUUCACCGGAAGGAGGUAUGAUAUUUUAUCUAGGGAAUAUUAACAGAAUGUCGAGUCCUAGGAAUGAAACGAAGAAAUUUGUGCUGGCUCAGGACUUUUCAGAUGGUUUUAAUAUUUUCCUUCAUCAUUCUUCAGAAUUCAUAACAGAUCAAUCGGAGCAGAUGGAAACGUACUCUCAAUUCAUUUUUAUCGAAUCUGGAGAAGCGGUCCAAUUAAAUAUAGAAGUGAAGGAAUUCCACAUGGUGGAUCACCCAGAUGAACGAUGUGUGUCUACCAGUAAUUACAGUCAAUCGAGAUGCUUUGAGGAAUGCAUGCAUGAUAAACUAAUGAAAGAAUUCCUAUGUUCCCUACCUUGGAUGAAGGGCAACUUGAUAUUUCCAUCCUGUAAUGACUCGGAGGUUAUCGACAAAAUGAAUAAUGUACUCAAUAGCAAACGAAAAUCAUUUUCCGAAGAUUGCGAUUGUCCAAAAUCAUGCCAUCUUCACCUCUACCUACCCAAGGUACUUCAAAGAAAGACAGUGACCUCAUCACCAUUUUCCCUCCUUUAUCUGGGAUACACCUCCAACAUUGUCUCAGUUGUCGAACAAGUUGUCAGUUACGAUUGGAGCUCUUUCAUUGGCGAUCUGGGAGGUUCACUUGGACUGUUUCUUGGAUUAUCCGUCAUUGGACUUAUUGAGGUGAUUGAGAUGUUCUUGAGGUUGAUAUUCAAGAAGAGACGUCAGAGACUGAGAGAAGAAGAACGUUUAACCUCGCUGAGAGAUAUGAGAAUGGUGGGGAGGCUGUUGGAAUACCUUUUGAUGUAUACAAAUAGGCAGAACAGUGAAGUUGUUCUGAAAAAAUGUGAUAAUCAGAAAUUCUGAUUGGAAAUUAUAUAAAUAAUAAUGCAACAC